AUUCUUUUCUAAAUUCUUCGAUCUUAUAGUCGUAGAUGUCUUCCUUGAUAGUGAAAAGUCUCGGGUCCAUUGUCUCUAUCAUUGCAAGAAUUUUCUUCUUUCGACGUAGCCGUCCUGUGUCUAAUCCAAGAACCACCGCACAUAUAAGCUACUUCAGGAUGUCUAGGAAACGUCCACUCUCUUUGCAGACGGUUGAGCUGAAGGUAAGAAUGUGUUGUACUGGUUGCGUCAGGAUCGUUAGGAACGCGAUCUCCAAACUCCGAGGAGUUGACUCAGUGGAGGUGGAUAAAGAGUUAGGAAGAGUGAGAGUGGUGGGUUAUGUUGACAGAAACAAAGUACUCAAAGCCGUGAGGCGAGCGGGGAAGAGAGCUGAGUUUUCGCCAUACCCUGAACCUCCACUUUACUUCACAUCUACUCAAAACUAUUUCGUAGAUCCUUCGAAAGAGUUUAAAGAGAGCUAUAACUAUUAUAGACAUGGCUACAAUGGUACAGAACAACAUGGUAAUAUCCCCGUAGGUUCUCGUGGAGACGACAGGGUUAGUAAUAUGUUCAAUGACGAUAACGUUAAUGCAUGCCGUCUCAUGUAAACUACAUACGUAAUGACUUAAAACUUGUGGAGAAGUAAACUGUAAUUAUUAUCAUAUUGUACUAGUAAUACUAUAAAAGAAUAAGAGAAGUCCAGUGUUCCCUACUUGUAUUAGAAACGUCAUUUUAUAGUGGUUAAAUGUCAUAUUGCUUAUAUUUAUCUUUAAUUCACUUUUGCAAAUGUCAUUUCAUGGUUGUUGUUUUUCAGUUUUUAAUAUGUUUUUUUUUGUGCAACACUAAUAUGUUUUUGUUCUAUAUAUCGUUUUCGAUGUGUAAUGAGUUUGAUCUCCAUUUAAGUU